GAGGUCGGCCGCCGCGGCGCCCUAGGAGGCGGGAGGGGGCAGAGUGCAGCGGGAAGCGCCGGCGGGGAAGCACACGCAGACGCGACAGCUCAGCUGGAGGGGGCAGCCGCGCGCGUCGGAAAACAACCGAACGACGCCGCGACAGACAGUAAACAUUCGGCGAAACGCGCUGGAGACGGGCCUCCUCGCCUCAGCAAGCAAGAUGGCGACGGGACAGCUGCCUGCCGCACACAGGGCCAGCUAGAUCCCGGCCCUACACGCUCCGCGGGCGACCGAGAACAUGCGGCGAGAAAUGAAGCACCAACCCUAGUGACGUCCACCAGACGCUAUGGCUCCAAUGAAGAGCCCCCUGCAACAGAUAUUGUGCCCGAGGUAAACUUCGAAGGCGGCUUCGCUUCAGAUGACGCAACAUCAGCUGGUGACAGUGCAUGGGCGUGGGUCGAGGGCCCGUGGCUGGCGUUGCUGCUGCCGUUUAUGCUGGGGCUUGGCCUCUUGCAGGUCACGCUGUUCCACACGGCCGCCUGCUGUGCCGUCGCCAGGCUCAAGGCGGGGCGGCGCGGGGGCGGGUGGCGCGCGACGGCGGCGGGCGCGCUGGGCGUGGCGUGCGGCGCGCAGCUGCUGCUGCUGGCCGGCCUGGGGCUGACGGCUCUGCGCGUGCACCAGGCCAUGCGGCGAGGCGCCUUCGCCUCGGCCAGCGGCUUCGCGGACUUCUUCCCCGGGCACGAAGUGUGGCAGCCUCUACAGCCCUUUCUUUGGGCCAUCCCAGUUCUCAUCGUUUGUUACUGGAUAAUGCUAAGCAUCCUGUGUAAAAUUGAAGAGAAAAAGAAGAGAAGAAAAGAGGAACGGAAAGAAAAGUUCGUGCAUGGAAAAACGGAUAUCUCAAUAUUAAAAAUUACUAAAUUAUAGUGGUGAAAACAGUGCUAUAUAAUGAAGGUGAAGAUGAGAAGAAUGAAGUGAAAAAAUACCUUCAGAAGACUCAUUUCACAUGUUGUACUUUUGCA